GUUCGGUAUGAUAUGGUACGUAUCAGACCUAAAUAAUCAGGAAAGUAAAACAGAAAUGAUUGUAGUGAAUCCAACUAAAAUUCAUUAUAGAUUUACAUUCUUCAAUGGAAUCUAUUUUCGAAACGGUAAAACUUUCACAGUUUGAGGUUUCCUACAAAACAUUUCGAAAUUUUCAGAAAGAAACCCGAUAUUAGGUGUACAUGUGAUACUAGAAAUGUUAUGACAAUGAAAAGUCGAAAACAGUGACAAACACAUGAAUAUUAUCGUCAAGAAUAAUACCGAUUAAUAAGUAGAGAUUUAUUAAUGCAAAACAGAAAUUUAUGAUGAGGGAAGUGCCACCAACUUUAGAGAUCGGAUCACCCCAACAACUAGAAAUAAUGGAGCCAAAGAUAGAGAAAUCUUCGAAACUAGAAGGUAUAAAGAAUAUCCUGAGGAACAUCACUGUGGAACCCAUAAUAGUCCUUCUUUUCACACCAAGACUGCUAUGCAGUCUCACAAAUGAUAAUCUCAAUCUCGAGAAAGCAUGCUUCGUGAAUCUCGGUUACAACGAUUCAAUUUGUUAUGCCAUGGUUGUGAGAGAUCGUUCGGGAUACACUGCCGAGCAGGAGGUAGCUGUACAGAAAGUCGUUUCAAGAUUGUUACCCUACAAACAAGCGUGUCAUAUAUUCCAAUUGAUCACCAUACUCUUGGUUAGCGGUUGGAGCGACAGAACUCAAAAGAGAAAACCUAUGUUCUAUCUACCUUUUAUAGGGGAUAUGUCAGCUCUGGUGGGCUACAUGAUCUGUGUUUAUUUUUUCAUGGAUCUGGGUGCAGAAUACUCGAUUUUUAUCGAAGGUGUCUUAACCAUAGCUUUUGGUGGCUUCCAACUACUUCUAGCUGGAUCUUACAGUUAUGUAGCAAGUAUUACCGAUGAUAAAUCGCGAACACUUCGUAUAGGUAUUGUGACAAUUGUAUCCAGAGCCUCCAUGACAAUAGGAAUAGCUCUUAGUGGUUACAGUUUUAAAUUUUUGGGAUUUUACGGUGUUUAUUUGUUAUCCCUGGGACUGGGUAUAACAGGACUGUUAUAUGCGUUAGUGAGUAUCAAGAAUAUUCCAGCCAAGGACCGUGAAAAUAAACAAGAUAUGGAAUACACUUGUUGUAGCCAAAUUUUUGAUGGAACAUUGGAUAGUUUCACAAAGUGCUUCAGGAUUUGUUUCCAGAAAGGGCCUAAUAAAAGAAGAACCAAAAUGAUUUUACUGCAGUUGAUUAAUUACUUGUCUUUCGGUAUCACCACAGGAGAACUUGCAGUGUUAUAUUUAUUUACUAGAAAGGAAUUUGCAUGGGAUGAAGUUGAUUACAGCAUAUACAAAGCUUACAGAACAAUUAUUGAAGUAGCAGGGUGUACGUGUGGUUUGGCUCUUUUCUCGAAGUACCUCAAAUGGAGUGAUACAACGAUAGGAAUGCUUUCUAUUGUAUGUAGAAUCGGAGGCACUUUAUUUCUAGCCUUCUCUAUAACUGGCCUGCAAUUUUACAUAGGAACAUUACACGAUUUCUUUGGUGCACUCACUCUUAUAUCUGUCAGAUCCAUGAUCACUAAAAUUGUAAAUCAGAACGAGCAAGGGAUAGCAAACUCGAUGACAUCAGUGAUCGAUUCAGUUGGAUUAUUCAGUAUUGGUCCCUUUUUCUCUUUUAUAUACUACAACACCGUUGCGUUCUUUCCUGGAGCCUUUUACUUGGUUUCAACUUCUGUAAACAUACCACUCCUCAUUUUAUUCUAUGUUCUACAUAGAUUAACUACCGUUCAACAAAAAGAUGGAUGAAUGAAAUACCAAGAAUGGUCGAGUCUCAAUACUUUGAAAAAGUAUGGAUUGUUACAUGUCUUACACAUUUUAUAAUUAUUUUAUUCUAUUUUUUUAAUGCAAUACAUGAAUCAUGUAUUGAUUCGUUCAAUAAAGUAAAACAAUUCCUGUUGAA